AUGGAGACCGGCCCAUCAUCGUCGACCUCGUCCUCGUCGUCCUCGUGCGCUUCGACGGCCUCUCACUCGGCCUCGGCAUCGGCCUCGGCAUCCCUCUCCAAGUCCUCGACGUCCAUCAACUCCACCACCGCCGCCGCUGCCUUGGCCUGCCCCGAUGACCGGCCCAUCACCUCGCUCGACAAGCGCCUCUACCUCGCAAUCGACUGUGGCGGCACAAAGGCGGCUGCCGUCAUCAGCGACCAGGAUGGACACGUCGUCGGCCGCGGAUUCGGCGGGCCUGCCAACUUUACCGACGUCGGGCUCGACGCCUUUCUCCUCUCGGUCCAGGAGGCCAUCCACCAGGCGCUCGGCUGCUGCAAGAACCUCCACAGCACUUCCCCCACGACGCUGCCUCCCGGCGUGGCCCGCCGCGCCGAGCCCCUCUUUGAGGCCGCUUGGCUCGGCAUCGCCGGCGUCGACAGCGAGGUCGACGUCCAGCAGCUCACCCCCUACCUCGCAACCCUCCUCUCGCUGCCCUACCCCUCGAACCGCCUCAUGGUGGCCAACGACACCUCCCUGCUCGCCGCACCCGUCCGCGACACGGCGCAUCCCGACAUCCGCAGCGGCGUCGUCGUCAUCGCCGGCACCGGCAGCAUCGUCAUGAGCUUCAAGGCAGACGACGGCGGCCUGCUGCAGACCUUGGGCCGCGUCGGAGGCUUUGGCUGGCUGCUGGGAGACGAGGGCAGCGGCUACUGGGUCGGCCGCGACGCACUCCGCUUCAUCCUCGACCAGGCCGACCGAGAUCGGCUGGGCGGGUCCAGCAUGUUUGCCGACGACACGUUCGGCAGCAGCAGCAGCAGCAGCGCUUCCGCAAGCAAACUCGACGUCACAAGGGCAAAGGAACAGGACCACUUGCUCCGCGACCGCAUCCUCGACCUCUGGAACCUCACCUCGGUCGACGAGCUGCUCAACGCCGUCUACUCUAACCGCAACCCGGGUCAACCGCGCACACCCGCCAUGCGUUCCGGCCAGAGCUCGCCGCCAGAGGAGGCCGACCCGGCGCCGCGCCUCGAUGACCUCUAUAUCCCGGACGGGCCUCUACAGCAGACUAUGAGCGGCAGCGGGCCAACCGCGGCAUCUUCGAGCAGCGACCGCGACGGCGACAGGCUGGUCCGCCUGAUGCCACCUGCCGCCGCGCCGGCAACGCAUCUCGGCCCGACUCUGGCGUGGCCGAGCUGA